AUGUUUGCAUUGAAUAAUUUUGAAUUGUAUAAGGAUAAUUUAUCCAGUCUUCAUAUCACCUACAAAUACCGGUAUGUAUUACCAUUUGAAAAAUUGACUGAUCCAAUUGAGAAAACGAUAUUGUUUCAAAAAAAUUGGAGUCAAACGAUCAGUGUUUCAAUAUGCUAUUUCUUCAUCAUCAAAUUGAUCCAACACUUCAUGAAACAUCGAUCUGCCUUCAAACUACGUUGGCCUUUAUUCAUUUGGAAUCUUUCACUUGCUCUCUUCAACAUUUUUGGCUUCAUUCGCUUUAGUGAAGAAGUAAUCCACUCUGUACCAUACGAAGGAAUUUAUCGAUCCUUGUGCUAUUCGGUAAAUCCCACUGGUGUCGCAGCUUAUUGGUCAUAUUUAUUUUUCUUGUCGAAAAUUGUGGAACUCGGCGAUACAUUAUUUAUUGUCCUCAGAAAAAAACCUCUCUUUUUCUUACAUUAUUAUCAUCAUGCUUCAGUACUUAUUUACACUGCUCAUUCGGGUGCUGAAAAUACGGGCUCCGGAAAAGCGUUUAUUGUUGCGAAUUUUCUAGUACAUUCCGUCAUGUACACAUACUUCGCAGUUGCAUCUUAUGGAAUACGACCGCCUAAGAUAGUAUCCAUGGCACUGACAAUGUUGCAGACAGUUCAGAUGUUCGCGGGAAUCAGCGUUUUAGCCUACGUCUAUCAUAUUAAAACUGGAACCAAUUUGCCGUGCCAACAAUCAAUGCAGAAUCUACUUUUCGGCGCAUUGCUAUACGUCACUUUCGCCGUACUUUUUAUCCAGUACUUUAUAUCCAAUUAUUUCCCUAAAUCUGAUAAGAUAAAGAACCAGUAG